AUGUACGAAGAUGAUUACGACAAACGCGAUUCGCGGCGCCUCAGCUAUAUCUCCUCCCCUUUAAGUGAAGCGAUCUCAAUCAUCCCUCCAAACCUUGCCGGCUGCGAAUCUCCUACCUCUCCCCAAAAUCUACAAGUGAAAAACCAUCUGAGUGAAGCAAACCAACGGCAAGUGAAUGGGCAAACAUGGGCGCAAGGUUCCAAGUCUGUGGAGAGCAGCCCGACGUCUCCCGCCUCGACCGCCUCCCCCGGCUCCACCGACACCGCUACUACCUCGUUCCCUCUCAACGAUAUCGAUUACGAGUCCAAUCCAGCCGCCGUGGCACAAGAGCUGAGCAACUUGGCUGCAAUCCGGCGGAUGUCAAUGGACGUGGCAGCCACCGGGGAUCCCGACCUGCCGAGCUUUUCAGUGCCGUCGAUCGCGCCCUCUCCCUCCGACGAUGAGAAUGAUGCUGCCCGCCUUUUUUGGGUCCCCGCCCGGUUACACCCGGAGUUGGCACCCAAGGAGUUCAAAUCCUUUCUCGAGAGUAAGGCAGAUAUGAUCAAACGGAAAUCCGGGGAUUUCUCGACCUUAGGCUCGGAUGGCGAAGGCAUGCGAGGAGGACUGAGACGAAAGCGGUCCAUGCUUUCAAGGCAGAUCGACAGCUCUCAUGGCUAUACGGAUGGCGCGGAGCGGCUUGAGCGUAAACGCUCACAGACACAAAAGGACUCAUUGGGUCCCAACCUGCAUGAGUUGGAAACCUUGGUCGAUGACUCGAAAUCGCGCACGCCGAGCGCUUCGUCAAUUCUCAGCGAUAUCCAAAAACUUGGGUUAUCGGCCGACGAAGAUAGGCCGAUACUUCCUCCAGCCCCUCCGGGUUACAGUCUUCGACGCUCAACAAGAACCCAAUAUCGCAAGGCUGGAAGCCUAAGAAAGGGAGAGAAAGCUCCAUACUCCAAACGGGCAGGGAAAUCGGCGGACGGAAACGACCCUACAGGCGGACAAGCAGCCAUAGGUCUGACACGGGUAUCGACUGAUCCCACGCCGAGUGUAACACGGUCGCAAGCCUUGGCCAAGUCUACUCAAGGAACACCGCAUACCCCUGACACAACAUCUAUAAGUGACUCCGUUCUUCCCGAUCCAUCAGAUCGGGCAAGCGCCCCUCCACCUGAACGUCAACAAUGGCAUUCGCGGAUCAGCUCGAAUGGACGCUCGACAUUGAACAUUCCAUCCUCCGAACAGAGAAUACCCGAAAUAAUUGAGACCCCGCCGCCCGAAAGCAAUGCCACACCCCCGAGCCCGAGUUCCCCGCAGCACACCCCGCCCUCAAAGGGCCCUUCGGUAGCAGAUCGAUCACACGAGCGGCCCCCUAACAAACGUUCCGGACUCAGUCGCACACAUGCCACGGAUGCCGCCCCCACUCUUAACGAGUUCGCCAAUAACCCACAGCCCUUGCCCGGUAAUACUAUGCGAACCGACAGUCUUUCAUUUAUCCCCACCGUGUCGGAAGAUCGCAAGCCAGAGGAACGCAAGCCAGAAGAAAAGAAAUCCGAAUCGAAGAAGUCAAAGGACAAAAAGGAGUCCGAAGGAGGACGCAAAUCGAGCUGGCACUGGCUUCUGGGCAACGAGGAGAAGGACAAGGAUAAAGAUAAGAAGAAAGACAAGGACAGCGAGUCGAAGAAGCACAAAUCGAAGUCUGCGGACAAAGCACACGAUGCAUCUCACGCCCCACCGUUGUCGACCGAAACUAUCCAGCGGGGACGCGAAAGCCUUGUCAUGGACCGACUGGACCCCAAGCUAGAGGAUGAACGACGCAAAGACAACACACGGAGAGCUUCCGGCGAAUCGAAGAAAGAGAAGGAAUCGGGACUAUUCUCGUCCAUCUUCGGUGGUAGUAGGAAGAAGAGCAACGGCGAUAGCGGACAUCAUCACAAGAAGAGCUCCUCUCGGAACUUGUCCCCUGAGCCGCCAGUUCGGGAGUUGCGGCCAGAUAUCGAUUACGCUUGGACUCGGUUCUCUAUCCUGGAAGAACGAGCAAUCUACCGGAUGGCACAUAUCAAGCUCGCAAAUCCCCGACGCGCGCUGUACUCGCAGGUCUUGUUGAGUAAUUUCAUGUAUUCGUACUUGGCCAAGGUGCAACAGAUGCACCCGCAUAUGAUGCUCGCAACGUCAGCGGCUCAGCGACAGCAGCAGCGACAACAGGAAGAGUACCAACAGUACCAGCGGUAUCACGAGGCUCAGGAGCAACAGUACACAGACAGUUCCUACGAUGAUCCUCAGAUGUAUGAAUAUAGUGACGAGCAUCAGGACCAGUACCGAUCCCAGUCGCGUGGGAGCAAAGAUGGCUACGACAAUGGGAAUGCAUACGGCCCAGGCCAUAGUCAAUACGGUCAUUCAACCUUUGGAGACGAUAUGCAGUUGGAUGACGACGAAGACGAUAUGUGGUGAUUGUGAAUGGACAGGCUCUUCCCUUGCUACGGUCGAAUAGUUGACGAGCAUUUCUAUACCCCUGCUUCUGUCGGAACGGGCGCCGUUUUGCAGCUUUGUACACUGGUGUUAGCUCCUAUCUUCGGACCCGCGAUAUGUGGCAAAUAGCACAACGAAAGAAAAGGAUAUGAGGGUUUCUGUUUCAUAUUCCACUAUACACACAGGAAAGCUGCUGUGAACCAAGUUUAUAUAGUGCACUUUUGCAUAUUCCAUGAUGAUGGCGGGGUAGUGCCUGAUAUGACCUGUUGUUGUUGCCUUGGCUUGAUUUGAUCGCAUAGCGAGAGGGGUUGGCUUGAUUUUCUAUUCUUUACUGUCUGUAUUAACGCUUUAUUUUAUCAUAGAACCUGACCACCGACUGGAGGCUAGUAGCCAUU